ACGACUUGCUGUCUGGCAGCACCGCGGACACCUCUGCUCCGCGGUGAUUGGCCAGCCGCGGGGUCCUCACGUUCGUCCAAUAUGGCGGCGCCCAGUGGCGGUGUGAACUGUGAAGAGUUCGCCGAGUUCCAGGAAUUACUCAAGGUGAUGAGGACAAUUGAUGACAGAAUAGUACAUGAAUUAAACACUACGGUUCCAACAGCUUCCUUUGCAGGGAAAAUUGAUGCCAGCCAAACCUGUAAACAACUUUAUGAGUCUUUGAUGGCAGCUCAUAUCAGUAGGGACAAAGUUAUAAAGAACUGUAUAGCCCAGACCUCAGCUGUAGUAAACAGUCUCCGAGAAGCGAGAGAAAAGAAUCUGGAUGACUUGACGUUAUUAAAGCAACUUAGAAAAGAGCAGACAAAGUUGAAAUGGAUGCAGUCAGAACUAAAUGUCGAAGAAGUGGUAAAUGACAGGAGCUGGAAGGUGUUCAAUGAACGCUGCCGAGUUCACUUCAAGCCUCCAAAGAAUGAGUAGAGAGAGUGUUUGUGAAAGACCCGGUCAUCUCAUCAGCUAAGCACGGCAGACGUCAGCAGUGUGGGCUUCUGAGGGUGGCCUCUGAGCCAGCGGGUUAGGGCCUGUGGCUGAUCCAGCCCCAUUUAGCUAAGACCUCAAGUCUAAUUCUCAUAAUUAUAAUCAAUUGCUAUUUUAUACUGAUUCUGUAAAAAAAUGUUUUGUAACUAUUAAAAUAAUUUUCUGA